AAUACAUUAUGAUCGUGUUCUGAAUUUAUUCAAAUAAAUUCGUAUAAAUAGGUCGGGUUGAUGUGGAAUCUGUAUCAGUAUCUACAGAUCUUCUGACACAAUCAACAAUAUGGUUUCCCAGGUAUUCGCUCUCUUCGCCUUGAUGGCUGUGGCUAACGCUGCCCUCAUUCCUGAUGUGCAUGUCAUUGCUGAGCAUGAAGCUCCAGCUCAUUACAAAUUUGGUUACCAAGUGAGCGACCCUGUGACUGGUGAUGAAAAACACCAGGAGGAAACCCGUGACGGUGAUGUUGUCCAAGGAAGCUACUCUCUCGUUGAAUCUGAUGGUACCAGACGUAUCGUUGAAUACACUGCUGAUGAUGUAAACGGUUUCAAUGCUGUAGUACACAAAGAACCCGCAGUUGCUGCUCCUGCUGCCCACCAUGUUGUAGCCACUCCUGCCGUCCACCACGUUGCUACUGCUCCAGUUGCCCAUCAUGUUGUAGCUGCUCCAGUUGCUCGUCAUGUUGUUGCUACCCCAGUAGCUCACUCUGUUGCCUAUUCUCCUUAUGUCUCUUCCAGAGUAGCAUCCAUUCCAGCAUUGUCAGCCUACUCUGGAUUGUACUCUCCAUACCACGCCUACAACCACCCUGUAUACUCUCCUUACAACCAUGUACGAAGCUAUGCAUUCUAAGAUGUACGACUUGUGAUUUAUUGUUGGAUUUUGCUACGACUGUUUGUUUUUAACUGUUAUUGAAUAAAGUUGAUUAUGUGA